AUGCACCUGGUCGUGUUACCGACUAUACUGAGCCUCUUCUGGCUGCGAGGCAUCCACUCCAACGACCCACUGGUGGUCGUGGAAACGAGUAACGGGCCGAUCGCUGGUUUUCGAAAAAGAGUCGCCGACAGAGAAGUGCUCGAAUUCUUGGGCGUUCCAUUCGCCAAGCCACCCGUUGGGCCCCUGCGGUUCAGAGCUCCGCAGCCGCUCAAUAAAUGGACCGACGUCCUGAACUGCACCCAACCAACGCCAGCCUGCUACCAACGGCAAUCGCAGUCCCUGACAGGUUCAGAUGAAGGUGUCGCAGUAAAGUCGAGUGCUUCACCGAGUGAAGACUGCCUGAAAAUCAACCUGUGGGCCCCGGCAAACCAAACCGAUAUGGCGGUCAUGAUAUGGAUAUUUGGUGGUGGCUUCAUAAGCGGAAGUCCUUCGAUUGACGAUUACAACGGACAAACUCUGGCUCUUCGAGGCAACGUAAUUGUGGUGAACAUUAACUACAGACUGGGGCCUUUUGGUUUCUUCUACUCGAAAGAGGAGAACGUUAGUCUGAAUGCCGGUUUGUUAGAUCAACGGCUGGCCAUUGGCUGGGUCAAAGAGAACUGUCGUACCUUUGGCGGUGACCCAAAUAAGGUUACACUUUUUGGCCAGAGUGCAGGCUCCGCGUCGGCAGCCUUUCACCUACUCUCGAAAGACAGUUGGCCAUUUUUUGACAGAGUUAUCCUUCAGAGCGGGAGUCCGACGUCACCUUGGGCUUAUAAUUCGCCCGAGAAAGCUGCGGGAUAUUCCGCAGCGCUCAUAAAAACAGCAGGGUGUGCAAACGGCACAGUGGCAGAAAAUCUUUCGUGUCUGCGCCAAGUGGACGCUGCAGUUAUACAGAACGCUUUCAACCAGCUGAUGUUCACGUACUAUUCCCUUAUGUUCGUGCCUGUAACGGUAGACAACAGCUUUUUCAACGGAAGCAUGUUCAGUUAUAUUGCAACAGGCGCAAUCAAGAACUGCCCAGUCAUAGCGGGCUUUAACUCUGAUGAAGGAUCAUUUGUUUUGCCUCUAUUUCUUCCGUCUCUUCUACAGAGCCAGAAAGAGGAAGGAUUGAACAGCACACAAACGGCAGAUUUUAUUACUGCUGCUCUUCAAGGGAUACCUAAAAUUGUAACCUCAAUCAUUUUUAACAAUUACUUGCCGCAAACUAUAGAAAAAUACCCACAGAACAACUCUUUGCCUCCAUAUCCGUUUUUGUAUCGAGACACGUUGCUACACCUCAUUGGGGAUCUGUUUUUCACGUGCAGAAUAAUCGAUUUCCAGAACCAUAUUGCGAAACAUAGCGAGAGCGUUGCCUACCUGUAUCAUUUUAACCACAGGACCUCUUUCGCCAACUCAGCUCUCUGGAUGGGCGUCCGUCACGGCGAAGAAAUCGAGUACGUUUUCGGAAGGCCACUCACGGUAACGAACUACACAGAAUCAGAGAAGAACUUGAGCAUUUCGAUUAUAGACCACUGGGUCGAGUUUGCAAACACGGGGUAA